GCUUCCAUAUCUAAGAAUAAGCAUCUCAUAGAGGCAACUAAAUUGAGAGCAAAUUCAGGCCAAAGGGGGUCUUGAGAAUGAGCUCUGAUCAUCAGUGCCUGGAGAUGGCGGCCAUGGAGGUGCACAAGGUCGUGGCUCCGCCCCAUGAGAGCAGCUUGAAGAAGCUCAAGGGGAGGCUGAAGGAGACCUUCUUCCCGGACGACCCGCUUCGCCAAUUCAAGGGCCAGCCCGGGAAGAAGAAGCUCUUGCUUGCCGCUCAGUACGUCUUCCCCGUGCUUCAAUGGGGCCCCAGCUACAGCCUCAAACUCCUCAAAUCCGACGUCGUUGCUGGCCUCACUAUUGCCAGCUUAGCCAUUCCCCAGGGUAUCAGCUAUGCCAAGCUUGCAAAUCUGCCGCCUAUUGUGGGUCUCUAUUCAAGCUUUGUUCCCCCUCUAGUUUAUGCGGUUCUUGGAAGCUCAAGGGACCUGGCCGUGGGACCUGUCUCGAUAGCUUCUCUGAUAAUGGGAUCAAUGCUCAGGCAAGAGGUGUCACCUGCCAAAGAACCCACCUUGUUCCUCCAACUGGCCUUCUCUUCCACCUUCUUCGCCGGCCUCUUCCAAGCUUCUCUUGGAAUAUUAAGACUCGGGUUUCUCAUAGAUUUCCUCUCAAAGGCCACGCUGAUAGGCUUCAUGGCCGGAGCAGCCAUCAUCGUCUCCCUUCAGCAACUCAAAGCCCUUCUCGGCAUCACUCAUUUCACAAUCCAAAUGGGUUUGGUUCCCGUCUUAACUUCGGUCUUCCACCGCACUAAUGAGUGGUCAUGGCAGACUAUACUGAUGGGCUUCUCCUUCCUGGUAUUGCUGCUUCUAUCAAGAUACGUUAGUAUGAGAAAACCAAAGCUAUUUUGGGUGUCAGCUGGAGCUCCCCUUGUGUCUGUCAUCCUCUCUACCCUCUUGGUUUUUGCAUUCAAGGGACAGCGACAUGGCAUUAGUGUUAUUGGCAAGCUGCAAGAAGGAUUGAACCCUCCUUCAUGGAGCAUGCUGCAUUUUCAUGGAAGUCACCUGGGAGUUGUGGUGAAAACUGGGUUUAUUACCGGCAUCAUCUCCCUCACUGAAGGCAUUGCAGUGGGAAGGACGUUUGCUGCUCUAAAGAACUACCAAGUGGAUGGGAACAAGGAGAUGAUUGCCAUUGGGCUGAUGAACAUGGUCGGCUCUUCCACCUCCUGCUAUGUCACCACCGGUGCCUUCUCUAGAUCCGCCGUCAACCACAAUGCCGGCGCCAAAACCGCCGCCUCCAACAUCAUCAUGGCCGUCACUGUCAUGGUCACGCUGCUCUUCCUCAUGCCGCUGUUCCAGUACACCCCCAACGUCGUGCUCGGCGCCAUCAUUGUUACAGCCGUCGUCGGCCUCAUUGACAUCCCCUCCGCUUAUCAUAUCUGGAAGAUCGACAAAUUCGAUUUCCUCGUCCUGCUCUGCGCCUUUCUGGGUGUCAUUUUCAUCUCCGUGCAGGAAGGCCUAGCCAUUGCUGUGGGAUUGUCCAUUUUCAAGGUCCUGCUGCAAAUAACUAGGCCAAAGACGGUGGCGCUGGGGAACAUACCAGGCACUGAUGUUUAUCGCAAUCUUGUGCAAUACAAGGAGGCGGCCAGAGUGCCGGGCUUCCUCAUUCUGAGCAUUGAAGCUCCAAUCAACUUUGCCAAUACCAAUUACCUCAAUGAAAGGAUUAUGAGAUGGAUCGAAGAUUAUGAAGCAGAUGAAGAAUAUGGCGAAAAGCAGUGCAGCCUGAGAUUUGUCAUCCUAGAUCUGUCAGCUGUGAGUGCCAUAGAUACCAGUGGAGUAUCACUGUUUAAAGACUUGCGAAAGACCGUAGAAAGCAAGGGUAUAGAGCUUGUGCUGGUGAACCCUCUCGGCGAGGUUAUGGAGAAGCUCCAGCGAGCAGACAGCGGCCACCAUUUGAACCGGCCGGAUUGCCUUUUCUUGACAGUUGGGGAGGCCGUGGCGACGCUAUUUUCAACUAUCAAGUGCCAAUCUUCAGGCCAUGUUUGACAUACUUCCACUGAUGACAUUGACAGCGGUGUUGGAAGUUGAACAACCCUCACCCUCACUGCUUCUCUUACUGAAAGAUCCAGGGUUUCAAGCAUUGUAACCCUGCAAUGUCUUAGCUCAGCAACAUUCAGUAUCAAAGUACUAUAAUAAGAUCAUAUUUGCUGGAUGAAACUUUGUCUACAAUUAAUACACAUCCCUAGUUAAAAAUAAGGAUGGGUUUAUGGGUA